UGCAUUUGCUCGCCGAUAUAUGCAAAUUUGGUUUAUGAUUAUAUGAAACUUAUUUCGGUCGGCUUUAGAGCUCCGCAUGCGCUCGCUUUUUAUCCGACAAACAUUGCGGAAAGGUAAGAGAGGAGUGAAAAAAUAAAUAUGCCCACUUUCAUACAGGAAAGAAAAAAUGGUACAAGAACACCCGGAAGUACUGCGUGACGAAUGGAUUCGGGCAGAAAUACUAUUAUGCGGUCAUUCGGGUGUCGUUUGCAACUCGCGAGACCGAGUCUGCCAGCAACGACGAGUCAGCAUUUUCGGUUGUGAUCGAUCGGACGCCCUCUUCAAUUACUUAGUAGGCGAAGCAGCUCCGAGUUUGUGUGCUUGGAAAACGGCCAAGGGGUCAAAACGCAACAAGCUUGCCCGAUCAUUUGGAAGAUUCGAGGCAGCCGUUUUCAGCUCCGUGUUUAUUCGGGGACCGGGGAGCGAUAAAUAAAUUGGAUGAAAGAGCGAGCGAGAAAGAGAGAGAGAGAGAGAGAGAGAGAGAGAGAGAGGGAGAGAAAGAAAAGGGAGACUUUACAGCGCCUCUUACAAACGUGACAAAAGAAGCUGAGACAUUGUUCCGACGAGAAUCUAAUUCGAUCACGUCGAGUAAGCGCGAGAAGCUCCGCUGGAUGCCAGAGAUUUAGAAUUUAGGGGUGAGACGCGGUGAAUGGGGUUGUCGAAAGUUCGGGACCCUACAGUGGAAAGCACUUAAAAGCAUAUGAAAUCGGCGCGCCACACGUCGUCGGAGGGGGAACGAGACACGUUCGUGAGAAGCUCCGAAGACACGACGGGAGAGACUCGAUAUUGUAUAAGAGGCGGAAAGAGAGUCGAGGGAUAAGGCGAAAUGCGCGCGAGACGCGUAAAAUACAACUGCCGACAGCCGGCCCUGUUAUUUCCGGCAGGAUACCAAGUCUCGCAGCGUGUUGUUAGAGAAAAUCUCGCUCGUCCCACUUCCAAGGAGCGCGCGUUCCACGUCAGCUGUUCUCUCUCUUUUUUACUUUCCAGUUUCUUGAGACCACCCCCAAGCUCGUCUGCACUUUGUUGCUCAUC